GCGGCUGAUAAAUGAGGGGCUAAUGGAGGGCAGGCUUCGUUCGCGAGCAGUUUCUCUUUUGUGAUGUUCCAACUGUCAUCUGUGGAAAGCGCAGCUCUCGUGACGGGUCCCUAAUCUCCGUAUCUGGGCCAGUUGUGGUAGCUCUUCUGGUUUGUAAGGAGCCGUAGUCCUACGUCGAGUUCAAAUUCAGGAGAAGAGUCCUGUGGCGGCAUUUAAUUGCCCUGGAGAUAGGCCCAAUUCUUCACUUCCGGAAAAUCGAAAAUAAGAGCCCACUGGAGCCUCCAAAAGAGUCAAGGGCUCGCCGAGUUUUAAAACCAGAUUAAUGUUGUGGGGCUUCUUUUUGUUGGAAAGCUUUUCUAUCCUUAAAACCUUUACUACCUUUCUCUUCUUUGUAAUGCGAUGCCAGCCCCUUUUCUCCUUUUCCCGAAGACGUGGCUUUUCUGUUAUAUGGAGUUAUCAGAACCAUAUAGGAUCUAAAAUGUCUUAAAGACGCUUACCCUAUAAUACAUAUCAAACUUGCAUUUUGCAGUUGUAAUUCACUACACUGCGUUGUUUUAAUCCUUGUAAAUUUGAGCAUCCAUCAAGAUUGUUCCCAAACAUCUUAUUAAAAUUUAAAUGCUGCACUGCAGUGCUACUGUGUGUGGAUAUUGAACUCUGAAAAUGCUUUAUUGUUAUGUUUAUUUACAAUCAACAAACAAAAGGUUCAAGUUGACAGAGGUAAAGUUGCACAUAUGGAUAUUCAAAAAUCAAGAGCAGUUGAGUAAGAUUAGACAAGAAAAGGGUGGGGCUCUUGAUUUACUCAAGGAACUUAAGAAUAUACCCAUGACGCUGGAACUGUUACAGUCUACAAGAAUUGGAAUGUCUGUGAAUGCAAUUCGGAAACAAAGUACAGAAGAAGAAGUUACAUCUCUAGCAAAAUCUCUCAUUAAAUCAUGGAAGAAAUUGUUAGAUGGACCAUCAAAUGACAAAGAAUCUGACGACAAGAAAAAAGAAUCUGCAUCAUCGUCACAAAAUAGUCCUGAAGCGAGGGAAGAAAGCAGUUCCAGUAGCAAUUCAAACAGCAAGAAAGAGGAUUCUAACAUUUCAUCAGACACAUAUAUUUCUUCUUUUCCUCGGGCUCCAAACACAUCUGAUUCUGUACGGAUGAAAUGCAGGGAAAUGUUGGCAGCAGCUCUUAAAACAGGAGAUGAUUAUAUUGCUAUUGGUGCUGAUGAGGAAGAACUAGGUUCUCAGAUUGAAGAAGCUAUAUUUCAGGAGCUAAAAAAUACUGACAUGAAAUAUAAAAAUAGAGUGCGCAGCAGGAUAGCAAAUCUUAAAGAUACAAAAAAUCCUAAUUUAAGGAAAAAUGUUUUAUGUGGAAAUAUAACUCCUGAUAGAUUUGCUAAAAUGUCAGCAGAGGAGAUGGCAAGUGAUGAACUGAAAGAAAUGAGGAAGAACCUUACCAAAGAAGCUAUAAGAGAGCACCAGAUGGCUAAAACAGGAGGAACACAGACUGAUCUAUUUACCUGUGGUAAAUGUAAAAAGAAGAACUGUACUUACACCCAGGUUCAGACCAGAAGUGCCGAUGAACCUAUGACAACAUUUGUUGUAUGCAAUGAAUGUGGAAACAGAUGGAAGUUCUGCUAGAAGAAGAAAUUGUUGGACCAGUUAAAAAUAAUUUUAUAAUUCGCUUUAAGAACUAGGUAAAGCAUCCUAUUACUUGCAGAGAUGUUUUUGUUUGUUUGCUUCCUUUUAAGCAGAUAACUCUGAAGUUAGAUUUUGUUUUUGACAUGACCAUCCCUGUAGUUAAUAGUCAGAGCCAGGAUGCUUAGUUGUAUGGUGUAAUAUUUUUUCCAUUUUUAUAAGCAAUUCUACAUUAAACUUUUAUCUAUGAAAUUUGGGUAACUGUUUUUUUCUUAAUUUUUUAAACAAUUUAUUGUACUUAUUUGCUUUUGACAUACAUGGUUGAAUUUUUUUUUGUAAAUACUCCAUUUGAAUCAUUUCAGUGUGUUAAAGCAAAGUUUUUCAUUAUACUAAAAAAAUAACCCAUAUCUAGUGUGGGUAGGUAGGCUCUAUAAAUCAUUUUUGCAAUUCAUCAUAAUAUUUCUUGUUCCAUAACAUAGAAGAGCCUUUUUUGUAUUGUCAAACUUCAAAUAGUUUUGAAAUUUGUAUUGAUAUACCCCUACUAUUAUACAGCAUAAAAUAUGUGCAGUAUUUUUAUAUUAAUGAAUUCUAGUCUACCUUUUAAUGUAUUGAUUUGAUCUGUUUUGUUUGGUCUCUUGUUUUCGAAACAUGACCAAAAACAUUAUGUAAUUUACCAAUCACACAGACAUUUGGCAACAAAUACAUUUAACUGAAAAAUAGUCUAGAAUGAGUCCUAGAUCU